AUGAUCACCUCGCAAAUCAAGUCGGUGUUCGAAAAGUUUAGGGAACGUCGCAAGACUAGCGGAGGCGUCCUGGACCUCUUGGAAGAGGUUUUGCGUCUAUCUGAUAAGUUCGAGAGGGAAUGGGAUGCACACAUUGCGAACAAUACGCUUUCACAGCGAGAUGCCGAUAUCUUCAAGCGGUUCUUCGGGACUUGGGAGGAUCUCGACACAAUGAUCGCAAAGUCGCUCGACGACGCUCGCAGCUACCUCUGGCGGGCAAACAAGGAGAGACCGGACAUUGUGGCUGCCAUGGUCAGGAUCGAGACCAUAUGGGAGAGUCUCAAGGCUUUGCACGAACGGGUCCACGAGGAGAUCGAGAAGCUUCGCCGAGUGAAUCUUAUACCAUAUCGGCCGCUGGCGGAAACAUCAGCAAAACUCACCAUGAUCACGGCUAGACACAGAAUCCAGUUUGACAGCCUUAGGGCGCAGAGGAAGCGUCAGAAAGGUAUGGUCGCCCUAUUGACCUAUAUUGAGAGCCAAGGCGCGAAUUUCCAGAAGGAUUGGGAGCAAGCCAUCCUCCGCAACAAGUUCACGAUCGAGGAGGCCAGGCUAUUCAAGUGUUACACCGAGUCUUGGGAGCGGAUGAGCGACAUGGUCACCGUUGCGUUGGAUGAUGCCCGCACCUUUCACAAGAAGAACGGUGCCGACUUCGAUGUUGAUAUCCAAGUGAGAUAUGUCGAAGCACUAUGGUCGAGGCUGAAGCACCUGUCCAAAGUCGUGAACGAGGAGAUUGACGAGUUCCGGAAGAAGAAAUUGCUCUGA